CUCCUCCUCCUCCCCCCGGCGCGGUGGGAGGAGACAGUCCUCCUGAAGCAGCCGGGGCUCCGGUACCUUCACGUCACACAAGGCAAUGCCGGAGACUCACACGAUCCGCUGGUUCCGAUGAAAGGAAGAAGUCGAGCGUAACUCGGGCUGUCCAUGCGCUGACGCCAGACAUCGUCCAGAUCAGCUCGGCGCUCCGCUCACACAACAUCCUGCCGGGGCGGCGGGGAGGGGAAACUCUCUGCUGAGCUGCUACUAUUGUGAACACACAGCGGGGGUCGCGCAGAGAGAAGAAGAAGAAGAUGUUAAUGAAGGAGUACAGGAUAUGCAUGCCCCUCACUGUAGAGGAGUACCGGAUCGGGCAGCUGUACAUGAUUAGCAAACACAGCCAUGAGCAGAGCGACCGAGGGGAAGGAGUGGAGGUGGUCCAGAACGAACCCUUUGAAGACCCAGUUCACGGCCAAGGACAGUUCACAGAGAAACGCGUCUACCUCAACAGUAAAUUACCCAGCUGGGCCCGAGCAGUGGUUCCUAAAAUCUUCUACGUCACAGAGAAAGCCUGGAACUACUACCCUUACACCAUAACGGAAUAUACAUGCUCAUUCCUGCCCAAGUUCUCCAUCCACAUAGAGACAAAAUACGAGGACAACAAAGGAAGCAACGACAACAUCUUUGACAUCGAGCUGAAGGACCAGGAGAGGGAGAUUUGCUUCGUCGACAUCGCCUACGAUGAGAUCCCCGAGCGCUACUACAAAGAGUCCGAGGAUUUGCGGUAUUUCCAGUCGGAAAAGACGAAGCGAGGCAUACUGCAGGAAGGCUGGAGGGACACACAGGAGCCCAUCAUGUGCUCCUACAAACUGGUCACGGUCAAGUUUGAGGUGUGGGGCCUGCAGACACGAGUGGAGCAGUUUGUGCACAAGGUGGUCAGAGACGUGCUGCUGCUGGGACACAGGCAGGCGUUUGCUUGGGUUGACGAAUGGAUAGACAUGACAAUGGAUGAGGUCAGAGAGUUUGAGCGAACCAUCCAGGAGGCCACCAACCAGAAGAUCGGGGUGUUUCCCCCAUCAAUCUCCAUAAGCGAGACCCCCUUGUCCUCCUGCGCCCUAACUGGCCCGGCCAGUGCCCCGUCAACCCCGAUGUGCACGGAUGCACCCGAAUCCCUCUCUGUCCCCAAAGACCGGCCUCGUAAAAAGUCCGCCCCCGAAACACUGACCCUACCUGAGCCCGUCCCCAGCGAAGCCGCAGAGGACUCUAGCCUGAACCUGUUACCCGUCUCCAACCACCUCCAGUCAUCCACACCGCCUUCCGACUGCGACCCUGCUGAAAUGGGCGAGCAGUAGAACAGCCUCCGUUGUAUACUUCUUCUUGUCUUGUCUUACGAGCCCAAUGAGGGUACCCUUGCCUCCAAGCACCAGUGCCCUGACUUUCAACUUGUUUAGCCAUAACCAAUUAUAGGCCAUAAUCGUUACCAUAUGCCAACCCCUCUAUAGGUCUUCAUUAGUGUCAUUGAUGCCAUCCAGGCAGCUGCAGGCCCGGUCACUUCGGUGUGGCCGAGCGUAAAGUCAAGCGAGCCAGAUGCGAGAUCUUUUCUAAUUAAUGCAUUUAAUGUUUAUCAAAAUCAAAGAUUAUUUUUGUUGAGUGGCAGUUCUCUUUGUAAAUAAAUCCUUUUCAUUAUUUUCGUAGUUACGUUUUCUUCAAUCAGACUAUCUGGCCACGAAUUCUUGCAUUUUGAAGUAGUUGCCUUGACACCACAGAGCCAGUGGAGAUUCAGCUUCGUUAGUGUUCAGAGUAAUCGUACCCGUUACUAAUCUGCAUAGUUGAUAGCAUGAUAACGAUCGACUUGAUGAUUCAAACUGGAACAGCACAGUAGACGUGGAGCAGAACAGAUCUACUUUGACGGUAGAUCUGUUGAAGUGUUUCUGCAGCCAGUUGGCCUGGCGUGUGGAUCGCACUGUCGUUUCCUCUCUAAACUAAAAAAAAAGAAAAAAAAAAUCAAAAUCUGUACAAUCAUGAAGAGAAUGCACCUCAGGUCUCCCCAAACUCUACCCGGUUCGCACUCCAAAGGCAGGGACGCUGUUGCACGUAACUCUCCCCGCUUAUUUGCCAAACCAUUUUAUACUUCCAUAGAUAGUACAAAAAUAUAUGUAAAAAAAGAAACACACACACACACAAAACAGCCUACUUAAACCUGGGAAUGUUUACACAUCUUAGACCUUUUAAAUGAAACCAUCACUAUGUCUGCAGUGUCGGUUUGACGCUUGCAAGAUUUAAUUUGUUCAUCCUCUGCAUCUUAAGAGGUCGGCGUCGGCACUUCAAACUCAGAUGUUGCCUGAAACUAAUGACGGAGAUCUCAUGUGACAUAAAUGUGAUUCAGGAAAAUCCAAUCAGUAAUAUCACUUUCGUCACAUGUCGGGGGGGGGGAACAAAACGCCAUUUUUUACGACAGCUUUUAGCCACCGACUGACCAUCGCGCACCUCGAAGGCGAUGAGAAGUCGGCGCUGAAUUUGAAAAGACGGGCACAUGUGUCAAGCUGACUUGUGUAUGUGCUUCACUCGGCGCACAGUGUGUGAAGACUGGACUUGCCAGCCCAGAUUGGUGAAAGCGAAACGAAAGCGUCCUUUGCAGACACCAGUCGUUUAUUUCAUCUGUGUAUUAACGGACGACUGUCAAAGAACCAGUAGGCUUUAGUACACCGAUCAAUAUACUCUUUGUUUUCCAAUCAAUAUUAUUCAAAGACGGGGUUUUAUAAUGCUGCAUGGAAUGUUCACAACUUGUAUACAAAAUAUAUGUGUGAUUAUACUGUGUAUGAAUGGAUUGUUACAGUAUAAGUAAUGUAACUCAUGAAGAAAAAAACAAUGCUUCCAUUGGAAGUCUGACGUAAUUUUGUACAGUAGGAAAUCAGAUUUCGACUGAAAUGUAAGCAUGUUCAGAGUAUUUACUGCAGGCCUAUGAACUCUUUGAACUCAGUGCCUCUGCAUGCUACAAUUUUAUCAUCACCUACCUGCGUGUACAUCCAAAUUUGAUUAUUAGUUCAGCUGCAGAAAUCCAAACUUUCAUGACUUUUUAAUGACAUGUACAACUCUGAUGACUCACAAAGAUUCUGUGGGCAUGAAUGUCAUUCAUGUCGGGGUUUUAACCAUGGAUUUAAUUUGUUUAAGUCCACGGUUAGAAUUUUAUUGUCUGAAGUGGAAAGUACCUUUACAUCGUGCUAAGAAAAUCUCACCAGCAAGUAAAUGGACAGGUCUCCACUCGGUUUGUAAACCUUGAUUAUAAGUCCAAAAAUUUGGCAUUAUUGUCUAUGUUAAUCAAUAUUCGAGAAUAUUAAAACCUGCUUAUCUGAUUUUUUUUUUUUGCUGUUCACACUGAAAACUUUCCCUGCGAGAUCACUUGGGUUUUGGUUUUUUACUCCUACCGCCUUCGAUUUUUCUUACAAAGGUUUACCUUUCGAGUUUGCUCUCAUUUCACUUUUACACUGAUGUGCGUUUGUCAUCUGCGGGAAUGUUGAAACGCUUUGGAAAAUUUUCAGGCAACGAUAAUUUUCCUACGAUAUCAGUGGAGAAGUUACUCCCAUCCUAUCAAUAGCUACAUAUCAGCGAGGCUGUAUGUUUAUAUUUUAUGCAAAGUUGUGCCAUUCUUGCUUUUAAAAAUGAUUGAAGUUGUUGUCCUAAUUUCAACGAGGAGAAAUGUUUUGGGGAAACAAGUACAAGUCCUGAAUUGUAAAGACAUUCAUGUGUAUGAGGAGUCUGUCUGAAGUCACCAGAGUUUUUGCAUUGCAUUCCCUACAUUGUAGUCCAGGAAUCAUUUGCAGUUGUUACAAAUUAUUUUUUGAAAGUUUUGCUGCACUUUUUUGUUUUUAUUUUUUUUCCCAGUUUCCUUCUGGGAUUUAGAGUAAGACCGUUCCAACAAAAGUGUUGCCACUGCAAGAAGAUGCAGACGGGUUUAACAUAUCAGACGCCACCACCAGAUUCUCAAGCGACUGGGCUAACUUGCUGUGUUUUUCACUCAGUCACUGACGCUGGCGUAGAUUUCUCAGUCAUCCAGGUCAAGACGAUCCUAAGUGCUCGAGUAGAAGGCAACUGGACUUCUUCUGUCGUUUCUUGUCCCAGUUCACACCAUGGGACCAAAACACGCGUCUUAACGGCCCCGUUGUCUUCAGUUGUCCGGCUCGUCUGGUUCCGUAAACUUGUUACUUCCAUCCAUGCUGGGAAUUGAAGAAGCCCCUCUGAGCGAGCGGCGAAACGUCUACGCGCAUCGAGAGAAGUCCAGUUCUGCUUAAGCACGCAGGGUUCGAUCGCUGACGUAACUCAGAUGCAUCCUGCACUUUCCAGUCUUUGACACCUCAAUUGACAAUGAAGGAAUGUGUUUGUUUGUUCGGUGGACCAAAAAUCCGCUCGUUCGGCACAGUGAGGAGACAAGAAGAGAAGAUACUCAGUGGUCUUACCAUAGUAUUCUGUCGAUAAUUAGUAUAGACUUUCAUUUAGAUGUAGAGAGAGAAAAGAACUAGAUGAAACUGUAGCUAUUUAUUUGUAACCGUAGCUUUUGUUGUUGCCUUUUAAGGAUAAACAAAUCUACAUACCAGUCAUUGGCCGUCGGUUUAGAUCUAUUUUGUAUAGAUUAUAGAUGCUUACUAGUCUGGUAUCGACCACCUCUCUUGUCAGGAAAACAUCGAUCCAGGGACAUAUAUGGGCUAUUAAAAUAAUGCAAAGUGUAUGUGGAGCGUUAAUCUCUGCUCUGUUUAAAAGAGUAACCCGAUAGCUCUUGUAAAUACAGCUGUUGAUGAUUAAUAUUGUAGAUUUCUUCUGUUGAGUCUGCUCUGGCUUUUAUUACUGAUGUGCCAUGAAUGCGCUGAUGGACUGAAAUUGGACAAGGGAAAUCUUCUUGCGUGUGUGUGUGUGUGGGGGUGGG